CUCUCGCUGACAUUUAACGCUGCUCCCACGGGCCGCUCCGAUACGCCAGCAGGUUGUUUCUAGUAGAAGUAGUGAAGCUGUCAGCCAAACCAACUUCUUGGAAGUUGACACAGCGGUGUGAAUUCCAGUGCCGGGCACCUUUGAGCAAAGAUCAUCUAUCAGCUGCCCCUCCGCCUCAGGUCCAAGGGACACCAAGUGCCGCUUGUAACACCUUUGGCACUUGACUGUGACGGUGUUACUGCCGUUCAGAGUCAGCAACCUUCAGACCGCCUGAGACUCGUCGUCUCUCCACCAAAUGUUAAUCUCUCACUUUCUUGUUUUGUUUUUACUUUUUCGAGAGGCCGCCGCCACCUCCUGCGUUUUACCUUUUAAGGAAUGAUUAAGACGUCGGUGCGACCUCUGCGAGAAGAAACUCAUCAACGCAGACAGCUGGACUGAACGGGAUCGCUUUGUAGCCGCGGCCCCGCGUUAAUUUGCCCACUCCUGCAAAGUUCCCGGGGGAUUCCUUCGCGCUACAGAAGUCGGCCAUGUUGGAGCUCUGUGCAACGCCGUACCUGGCAGUGAGGCCAAACUGGGACCCAAGCAUGUGGUGAUGCCUUAAUAGACAAUAGAAAAAGACUUCUAUCCGGGCCAACCUGGUGACCCUUUCUGCCGUCGCCCCCUCACCUCACGCCCCUCCUUCCCUGCCUCGAAACCCUUCAUUUUCCCCAUGUCUGCAGGAGGCGCAGGGAUGCCGCCACACGGCGUGCACAGUUCAUGAGAGAGAGAGAGCUUUAUGGUGGAGCGGAGCGGGCAGAUAGGAAAUGACGGAGUGCCUGACAGAAUGCAAGGCGCUGGUGACUCCAUCGACGCGCAACGGUCACCGCGUCUUCAGCUACACGCUGGAGAGCCACACGUCGGCGGCCUUCGCCAUCAUGAACGAGCUGCGGCUGGAGAAGCAGCUGUGCGACGUCACGCUGCGCGUGCGCUACAAGGACCUGGAGGCGGUGGACUUCGUGGCUCACAAGGUGGUGCUGGCCUCGUCGUCGCCCGUCUUCCGGGCCAUGUUCACCAACGGCCUGAAGGAGUGCGGCAAGGAGCUGGUUCCCAUCGAAGGCAUUCACCCCAGGGUUAUGGAGCGACUGAUUGAGUUCGCCUACACUGCCAGCAUCUCCGUGGGGGAGAAGUGCGUCAUCCACGUGAUGAACGGCGCCGUCAUGUACCAGAUCGACAGCGUGGUCAAGGCCUGCUGCGACUUCCUGGUCCAGCAGCUGGACCCCAGCAACGCCAUCGGCAUCGCCAGCUUCGCAGAGCAGAUCGGUUGCACGGAGCUCCACCAGAAGGCCAGAGAAUACAUCUACAUGAACUUCAGCCAGGUCGCGACCCAGGAGGAGUUCUUCAACCUGUCCCAGUGCCAGCUGGUCAACCUCAUCAGCCGCGACGAGCUCAACGUGCGCUGCGAGUCCGAGGUCUUCCACGCCUGCGUGGCCUGGGUGCACUACGACCAGGAGAACCGCCGGCCGUACGUCCAGGCCUUACUCCAGGCUGUCCGCUGCCAUUCCCUCACGCCCAACUUCCUGCAGACGCAGCUCCAGUCUCUGGACUGGGACCCUCAGUGCAAAGACUACCUGGCGCAGAUCUUCCAGGACCUCACACUCCACAAGCCCACCAAAGCGGUUCCGUGCCGGACGCCCAAGGUGCCGCAGCUCAUCUACACGGCGGGGGGAUAUUUCCGUCAGUCUCUCAGCUACCUGGAGGCGUACAACCCCUGCACGGGAGCCUGGCUGAGGCUGGCUGACCUGCAGGUCCCCCGCAGCGGGCUGGCGGCCUGCGUGAUCAGCGGCCUCUUCUACGCCGUCGGCGGCAGGAACAACGCGCCUGACGGGAACAUGGACUCCAACGCGCUGGACUGCUACAACCCCAUGAACAACUGCUGGCAUCCGUGCGCGCCCAUGAGCGUCCCGAGAAACCGGAUCGGGAUCGGCGUCAUCGACGGCAUGAUUUAUGCGGUCGGCGGCUCACACGGCUGCAUCCAUCAUAACAGCGUGGAGCGGUAUGAUCCAGAGCGGGACCAGUGGCAGCUGGUGGCCCCCAUGCUGACGCGCCGCAUAGGGGUGGGCGUCGCCGUGAUCAACCGGCUGCUUUACGCCGUCGGCGGCUUCGACGGCGCCAACCGGCUCAGCUCCUGCGAGUGCUACUACCCGGAGAGGGACGAGUGGAGGACCAUGGCCCCCAUGAACACGGUCAGGUCUGGAGCCGGUGUGUGCGCGCUGGGCAAUCGGAUCUUUGUGAUGGGCGGCUACGACGGCACCAACCAGCUGAACACGGUGGAGCGCUACGACGUGGAGACGGAUACGUGGAGCGUCGCCGCCUCCAUGGGGCACAGGCGCAGCGCGCUGGGAGUCACCGCGCUGCACGGCCGCAUUUACGUACUGGGAGGGUACGACGGCAACACCUUCCUGGACAGCGUGGAGUGCUACGACCCAGACGCCGACAGCUGGUCGGAGGUGACCCACAUGACCUCGGGGCGUAGCGGCGUGGGCGUGGCCGUCACCAUGGAGCCGUGCCAGAAGGGUCUGUCUCAGCACGAGAAGUCUGAGAGCUUCGAAGGGUCCACGGUUGAGUCCGACAGCUCGGACUUUAGCCACUGUGGACCCUUCAGCAAAGGCACAUGAAGUUCAGCCGUAUCUGUGUUCCUUCGCCACCCCCCCCUACCCCCCCCAGCUCUGUUCUGGAUAAAAUGAAGGCAGGCGUGUGCAGAAGAUGUUUGUAGAUGAAUCGACAUCAGCCGUGUUUUACUGUCGGCGCUCUGCUGGUUCUCCUCCGUGAGACAUCUGCUUUCCUACAGCCAACACGACAUCUUUUAGAGAUGGGCUGAGGGCAGCAGACCCAAAUGUAUUUUCUUCACACUUACCAGAUCCUGGUUUUAAUUGAUUAAAUCUAGUGUUCAAUUAUAGGACUAAAGGUAGCCUUUAUCUGCAGGCCCUAGUAUUUAAAGUGCCAUUCCAGUGCCUGGGGGUGGGGGUGGCGUUAUUCUAACUUCUGUCAGUAUAAAGUUUUCUUGGGGAGGAACAGGCCUCUAACAUGACACUGGGCCUCAUGUAUGAAUGUUUUGAAGCGUUCCACAACACACUCCCCCCC